GGGAGAUCGGUGCGGUACUCCAGUCCUUCUCCGCUCCCGCGGACAAGCCCCACCCUCCGGCUCCCUCACUCCACGCUCCGCCACCCUGACUCCCAGCCAUGGCCGGCUCGAAGCGCAGCAAACUCAAGAAAGCACUCUCACCGCCGUUCGCAGCGAAGUCACCAGAGCCCGAGCCGAACAUGGACGACGACGUACUCAUGGACGACCUCAUGGCGCAGCUCGACUCGCGGGACACCUCCGUCCACGCAGAGUCUGCCGCCGUCAUCAACGAGAUGAACAUCAACAACGCUGCCGACACGCCACCCCCGGCCGCGUCGCCGCCAUCCCAAAAGCAGGAUAGCAAGGCCAGGCAUCGUGCUCGGAUGGCGAGGAAGGCGGCGGCGGUCGCAGACCAGCAAGCACCGAGCAACCCGGAGCAGGACGAGCGUCUUCAGAGGGAGGCAGCAGAGGAGGAGCGGGCCGUCAACAAGGUAUGCGACGAGAACGGGCUCGGGAUGUUCGAGAUCAACCCAGACGGCCACUGUCUGUUCUCCGCCAUUGCCGACCAACUCGUCCUCCUGCACGUCGUCCCUCCAAAGCAAGCCUCCUACGCCCACACCCGCGCCGCCGCCGCUGCAUACAUGCUCGCGCACCCUGACAACUUCAUGCCCUUCCUCCCCUCUGAGGGCGGCGAGGACGGCGUCGGCUCGACGAGCGACACUGGCAUCAUGGGCCCCGCCGCGUUUGAGCGGUACUGCGCGACGAUGCGGGACACGGGCGCGUGGGGUGGCGAGCCUGAGAUAAUGGCAUUGUGCAGCGCGUUCAACAUCACGAUUAACGUCGUGCAGGGGGGUACGCCCGCGGUUGUGCAGCAUACACCUCUCGAUUCACCAGGUGGCGGAGCAAAAGUUGCAUGGAUCAGCUAUCAUAGACGCAUGUAUGGACUCGGAGAGCAUUACAAUUCAUUAAGGCCCAAACACACGUUCUCCGAGACAGUCAAGUCUGUCUUCACAAUGGGCUCGCCGCAACGUUGAUCGGCUGUACGGGUAUUUCUAGAGUCGCUGGAGGACUGGCCGGAAUGAUAGGUCAAAUCUGUAUCUCAUACACAACAAGCGGUUGCCGCACUGUAUCCGUACUCAUCACUGGUAAUGCGCAGAACAUUGAAUACCAGCAUAUCGUCUACCUUUGACUGUCAUAAA